AUGGCUACUGGAUUUCCUCCAUUUCCGAAGUUUGAUGUCUCAGAUCAAAGUUCAAUAGGACAGCGCUGGAAAAAAUGGAUCCAGCGUUUUGAAAAUUUCGUCCUGGCUAUGGGAAUCACAAGGAAUGAUCGCAAAAGGGCAAUGCUCUUACACUAUGGUGGAGACGAAGUUUACAACAUCUUUGACACUCUUGCGGACACCGGUGGACCAAAUGACUAUGAUGCAGCUAAGACAAAACUGACGGAUCACUUCAACCCAAAGAAAAACCUUGAAUUCGAAAUAUACAAGUUUAGGCAAGCUAAACAACAAUCAGGUGAAAUAAUGGAUUCCUAUCAUACGAGACUGCGACAAUUGGCAGAAAACUGUGAGUUCGAAGAUGUCGAUAGGGAAAUAAAGUCACAAGUUAUUCAAGGAUGUGAGUCAAGUCGUCUGAGACGCAAAGCGUUGCGUGAACCUGACUUAACGCUCCAACAAAUCCUAGAUUCAGCGAGAGCUAUGGAAGUCUCACAACUCCAAGCCUCCGGUAUGGAAGACCAUAAGAGUCAAGACGUACAUCUAAAUGCUGCAAACAGGAAAGUGAAUUCGUCUAAGCAAUGGAAACAAAGAGAACCAACAAGUAAGUGUCGCAAUUGUGGAAAGGAAUGGCCACAUAAAGAUAGACCUUGCCCAGCAAAAGACAAAGCGUGCAACAAAUGCAAGAAAAUCGGACAUUUUGCAAAGCAGUGUAGGUCUGGCCAGAAACAGGAUACAAGAAAUUUCAACCGCACAUCCAAAUCAAAGAAACCUGGUAUAAACAAUUUGGAUAAUGACAGUAGUGAUGAAGAAUAUGCUUUUGGAUUACAACUUAAUGCAACAAAAUCUUUGCCAAUCGCAAAUGUCAGAAUAAAUGGGAUUAAAGUUGACAUGCUGGUGGAUUCCGGAGCAAGUGUUACUGUCAUGGAUGAGUCGACGUUUGAAAGAGUAAGUCCAAGAAACCAAUUAAAUUGUCAAAAUCAAAUGCUAAAGUUCAUGCUUACGGAACGAAAGCCGCGUUACCAAUAA